AUGGCACCAAACGAAACCUUAUACGGGAGAAAAUGUCGAGUGCCGUUGUGUUGGGAUCAGAUGGAUCGAAAUGUGCCUGAAGGAACAGAUCUUAUCCAAGACUCUAUUGAUAGUUUGAGGGUGGUACAAGAGAACAUAAAGGCAGCACAAAUUAGACAGAAAAGUUAUGCAGACAACCUUCCCAAAGCUUUUCAAUUUGAUGGAGAUAAAGAAGCCUUACUUGAUUUCAAGCACAGAAUCAAGCAUGAUCCAUACAAGCUCCUAAGUAAUUGGCUGCCCGACACUGACUGCUGUGCGACAUGGAAUGGCGUCUAUUGCGACCCUGUGCACGGCCGUGUUGUUAAACUUUCUUUUUACGACCCUGAAGAUUUCUCGUACCCUGACGACAUUAAUCUUUCAGGUAUAUUAUCCCCUUUCCUUGGAAACCUUACCUUUCUCGAACAACUUGACCUUAGUAACUGUAAAGAACUAAGUGGUCCUAUUCCUGCACAAUUGGGUAAGCUAUCUCAUUUGACUACUCUUAGUCUAAACAAGAAUAAGCUAAAUGGUUCAAUACCCAUCUCUAUUGGUCGUAUCCGUACGUUAAACCAGCUUGAUCUUAGUUCAAAUACUUUAUCUGGUACCAUACCCGACUCUAUUUUUCAUUCAUUUACAUCUCUAACAUAUCUGAUUUUGUCCAAUAAUGAGUUUAGCGGUCCGAUUCCAUCCUCAAUCAUCAAUAUGAGAUCACUUGCAUAUCUUGAUCUAGGAGAGAACAAAUUUUCAGGUAACAUUCCUAAAAAUAUUGGAAAACUAGAGAAUCUCUAUUUUAUAUCUUUGUAUAAUAACCAAAUUAGUGGUAAUAUACCUGAUUCCAUAGGCAAACUAUCCCAAUUACAAUAUUUAACUAUGUACAAUAAUAGACUCAAUGGCCCAAUCCCAUCAACAAUAGGUCAACUUAUUUCUUUGCUAGGUUUGGAAUUGAAUAAUAAUUCAUUAACAGGUAUUUUACCAGAUUCCAUUGGUAAUCUUUUAAAUAUUACCCAAAUUUACUUACAGGAUAAUAUGCUAACAGGAUAUAUCCCUUCAAGUCUUGGAAAUUUAACUACAUUAUCCUUCUUAUACUUGCAAAACAAUCAAUUCAUAGGGCCACUACCUCCUCAAUUAUGUCAAAUGAAGAACUUACAAUAUCUAGAUUUGUCAAAUAACCCAUUUUCUAUGGGUAAAAUACCCAAUUGGUUGUCAAAUUGCUCACUUUUAUCAUUAAAUUUAGCAAAAACUGGGAUUAAUGGGUACCUACCAAAAUGGCUAUCUUUAUCAAAUAUAAACUACCUUGAUUUGUCGAACAAUGAAAUCGAAGGGAAGUUGCCUAAAUGGAUAGGGAACAUGACCAAUUUAAGCCACCUUAACAUAUCCAAUAAUAGAUUUUACUCUACUAUCCCAAAUGAGUUCAAGAAUCUUUCUUUACUUAUGACUCUUGAUCUUCACUCAAACAAUUUUACCGGGUCAUUGGAGUCUAUUUUUGAUAAGAUUACAUAUGAGACUCUUGGGUGGUAUGAUUUCUUGGAUGUGUCAAGUAACAUGUUUACGGGUCCAAUCGACAUGAACAUAGGUAAUAAGCCGGCUAUACAGUUCAUUACUUCCUUAAUUUUAUCGAAUAAUCCUUUGGGAGGGAACAUACCCAAAUCACUUGCUAAUUUGGUACAGUUCCAAGAUUUGGAAUUAGAGGGUAACAAGCUUUCAGGGCCAAUUCCAAAAGAAAUUGGAAGUAAUAAAGAAUUGUCGUCGAUUAAACUGUCGAGAAAUUACUUAACUGGAAGUAUUCCAAGGAAAGUAUUGAACUUGGAAGGGUUGCAAGAGUUUGAUGUUUCGUAUAAUAUGUUAAGUGGGGAGAUUCCAUCUCACAAGGGUGAUUUUCCUGUUUCUUCGUUUUUGGGUAAUCCUGGUCUUUGUGGUAAUCCAUUACCUCUUUGUCGUGGACAAGUGAUUUCUACAACAUUUCAUAUUCAGGUUGUAUUCCACAAGAGCUGUUGUUUUAUAUUUGGGUCAUCUUGUAUAAGAUCGUAA